CGCGAGGCCUGUUUAAUUUUUGCAAAAUGAAAUAUAUUUGCUUUUUGCAAAGUGGGGAGUGCUAAACCAGGGUUGCCUCCCUCCCCCAGCACCCUCCAAUCCAUCCAUGUGGCCAGCUGCACAUGACUGGGCUGGCAAGGCAUGCUCAAGCAUGGGCACAGCCUAGCACAGUGGACACGAUGCUCCCGCCUGGUUGUGCCCCUGACUUUCACCCGGAUUCGUGCAGCGUGCAUCCGAGUGCUGGCUCCCAAAGCGAGGUGGGAAGAGGAGAAACAAGACGACGGGGUCAAAUGGCAUAAGUUGCACCACAAAGGACCUUACUUUGCUCCACCUUACGAGCCACUCCCAAGAUCCGUCAAAUUCUACUACAAUGGCAGGCCUAUGAAACUCAGCCGGGCCGCCGAGGAAGUGGCGACGUUUUUCGCCAAGAUGCUGGACCACGAUUAUGCACGCAAGAAGAUUUUCCAGGACAACUUUUUCUGUGAUUGGAUGCAGGUGAUGACUCCUCAAGAAAGGAAGAAAAUCAAAGACCUGAAGAGGUGCGAUUUCAGUGACAUCCAUAACUACUUUCUGGAAAAGCAGGAAGCCCAGAAGGCUUUGCCCAAGGAAGAAAAACAGAGGUUGAAAGAGGAGGCAGAGAGAAUCCAAGAGGAAUAUGGUUAUUGCGUGAUUGAUGGGCAUCGGGAGAAGAUCGGGAACUUCAGAACUGAACCGCCGGGUCUCUUCCGGGGCCGUGGGGACCACCCCAAAAUGGGGAUGCUGAAGAAGAGGAUAAUGCCAGAAGACGUCGUCAUCAAUUGUAGCAAAGAUUCAAAGGCCCCUCAGCCUCCGUGCGGUCACAAGUGGAGGGAAGUCCGGUGCGACAACACGGUCACCUGGUUGGCAUCCUGGACGGAGAACAUUCAGGGCACCAUCAAAUAUAUCAUGCUGAACCCGAGUUCCAAGCUGAAGGGCGAGAAAGACUGGCAGAAAUAUGAAGUGGCGCGUCGGUUGAAGAAGCUAAUUCACCGGAUCCGACGUCAGUACCGGGCAGACUGGAAAUCCAAGGAGCUGAAGAAGCGGCAAAUAUCCGUGGCGCUCUAUUUCAUUGAUAAG